AUGAACCAGCAAGCUAUUCCACGACGAGAUCAAGAUGAGAUCAAGAGAGAAAAGAGUAUCAAGAAGGAAAGUCUGACAGAUGAUAUCGCAGUCAAGCUGGACCAGCACGAGAUGAAAACGAGUGAGGGUGCUCAUGUCUCCUGGACGGCCAACGAAGGUCAAGUUUGGCACGAAAUCACCAUUGACGUGCGUCAGUCAACGGGGGUUUCCGAAAUUCUAGUCCAACCGGUCCCCAUCUGUGGACGCACCAACCGUCCCACGGUCCAUCGGUCAACGGUCUAUCGAAGACCGGCUCCAGGGGUAACAAGAUCCCAGCGUGACAAACUCACCUUUGUCGCUCCUGUGUAUCCUAUCGAACUCCUUCAGAACAUGCGAUUUCCCCGGGUCUUCGCUUUUCUGCGAGACAGAAUUUGGGAUCUGUACGAGACAAGCGACGUAUUCCAUGAGAUCUCUCCAACAAUGUUCAUCUUCCUUCCACCAUUUCGAAGGAUAUCCUGGGUGGUGAAGGCCUAG